UUGGCUUAUCCAUCCAUUUUCCACUAUUAUUUGUUUGACAAGUCUUUCCAAACCUAACAUUUCUUCAUCACUCAGACCCUGAUCUUCUUCAAUAAUCCAAAAGAUCAGAGCUCCAUUCUCCUGCCCUCUCAUGGGUUUUGCUCAACAUGUGGGUCUUUCUUCAUCAAUCCAAACCAGGAACAACCUCAACUCUCAUCUCCUCCCCAUAAUCUUAUCUCUUCUCAGCUUAUUAUCACCAGCUGAGUCCAGUUGCAGUGGGGGAUGUGACUUGGCUCUAGCCUCAUACUACGCCGGACCGGGCAUGAAUCUGAGCUUCAUCUCCAAGAUGUUCUCCAUUCCUGCAGAGAAAAUCAUUGCCUACAACCCAACUGCAAUUUUUCCAAACGGGGAUUCCGUCCUUGCAGGAACCAGGAUCAACGUCCCAUUCUCAUGUGAUUGCCUGUCGAUUAAUAACGGCGAAUUGGGGCGCAUGUUUCCGUACACCAUUCGGGAACGGGACACCCUCUAUCUCAUUUCGGCGUUCUACUAUUCCAACUUAACCACUUUUCAAUGGCUGCUGAAGUUUAACCCUAUCAAGAAUAUAUUUUCCGUGGAUGUAGGGAUGGUGUUGAACGUGAUGGUCAACUGCUCGUGCGGGAAUAAAGAUUUGCCCCAUGGCUACGAUUUGUUCAUUACGUAUCCCCUGAGGCCGGGAGAGAGCUUGCAGACGGUGGCAAAAGCGACUAACGUGAGUGAAGAUUUGGUGCGGAGAUACAAUCCCGGAAUGAAUUUCAGUGCCGGGAGUGGGUUACUGUAUAUUCCGGGAACAGGAUCCCUUGUUUCGACUGCAGCAAGCUCGAGGAAGUGGUGGAUAUGGUUGGUUGUAGGUCUUGCUUCAGUGAUGUUCCUAAUAGUAUGCUCCAUUUGCUAUUUUCGAUGGAAAAAGACUACAAAAGGCAAAGCCAGUCUGUUACUAGAUGAACUAAGAGAUGUUGUGACACCGUCAAGAGUGAACAAGAACAAUAUAGACAAAAAAAUUAGUCAUGAACUGCAGGUAUUCAGCUUUAAGAGCAUUGUUAUGGCCACAAACAACUUCUCUAAUGCAAGUAUGUUCGGAAUGGGUGGUUUUGGACCAGUUUACAAGGGAACAUUACCUCAUACGCAAGAAGUGGCUAUUAAGAGACUCUCAAAAAGCUCAGGACAAGGUCUUGUGGAGUUCAAGAAUGAAAUUCUAUUGAUUGCGAGACUCCAGCAUACUAAUCUUGUUAGACUUUUGGGUUGCUGCAUUGAAGAAGAUGAGAAAAUUUUAAUUUACGAGUAUAUGCCUAAUAAAAGUUUAGAUUCUAUUUUAUUUGACCCUAAUAGGAAGGAGCUGCUAAGAUGGGGGAACAGAUUGAACAUUAUAGAAGGGGUUGCUCAGGGGUUACUUUAUCUCCACAAAUAUUCGAGGUUGACAAUCAUCCAUAGAGAUCUAAAAAGCAGUAACAUCUUACUGGACGAAAACAUGAAUCCAAAAAUAUCUGAUUUUGGCAUGGCUAGAAUCUUCGGGAGGCAGGAAACUGAAGCAAACACCAACAGAAUUGUUGGAACCUAUGGAUACAUGUCUCCGGAGUAUGCCUUGAGGGGAAUUGUUUCAACCAAGAUAGAUGUAUUCAGUUUUGGUGUUCUAGUUCUAGAGAUUGUGAGCGGCAAGAAAAACAACAGCUCGUAUCGUUUGGAACACCCACUGAAUCUCAUUGGUUUGGCAUGGGAGCUGUGGAGAGAAGGGAGAGGUGUAGAGCUAAUGGAUCCUGCACUGAGUCUGAGUGGAUCUUGCCCAGAAGCAGAAGUAAUGAGGUGUAUCCAUGUGGGAUUGUUGUGUGUGCAAGACGACGCAAAAUAUAGGCCUUCAAUGUCAACUGUGGUCUCCAUGCUUGCAAAUGAAAGUGCAGAGCUACCUUUGCCUAAACAACCUGCAUUUUUCAUUUCAGAGGAAGGUGCCCAGCACUCAGAAACCCAAGAAAAAGAUGAAAGGUUGUCCUUGUCCACUAAUGAAAUAACAGUUUCAGAAGUUGUAGCUAGGUAAGCGCCAUAUAUAUAUCAAGAUUGAUUAAUCAUAUCGAUUGUGAUUCAAGGAGAAAUUCUUCUUGUUGAUUCUCUCAUACUUUGAU